ACGGCCAAGUGGUUCUCCAUAAAAGGCGCUGGCCGUUCUGGGCAGUUCAACAGUCUUUAACACGCCGUCACCAUGAAAUACUUCAACCUGCUGUUUAGCCUCUGGCUGGUCUUCAUGCUGUGCUCCUCGUGGGUCUCGGCUUUCUCCAGUCUUGCCACCCCGGACCCAACUCCGCCAACAGGUGCUCCCGUCGAUGGUACCACUGGCACUGGAUUCCCUGGACCUCCCUCGGCUGAAACCACAAAUGCUACGCCCGAAGUUUCGACUAUCUAUCCCAUCUACGGAUAGUCAUCAUCAAAUCAAUUGAUGAAUUAAAAACUAAAUCGCAGAUAUAUUAAAAUACGUGUAAUUUUCA